AUGGUAGAAGCUAAAGUUUCAAAAACCAAAACAAGUGUUACACCAACCAAAAAGAAAAAUAUAGUCAGCAAAUUCAAUAAAAAUCGUGCAUUCGACAAUGAAUCAACCAAAAAAGUUGAAAAGAAAGUUGCACCCCAAUUAACCCCAAUCGAAAUAAUUAAAGAUAUUGAGGAAAAGGUUAUUGAAAGUACCGAAAAUUCAAAUAAAAUUUUAGAAAUCAUUAAAAUUUGUAAAUCUAAUAUUGAAGAAUUAGAAAUUGUUUUUCAAUCUAUUAAAUCAUUAGAAAAGAUCUUUUUACAUUUAUUUGAUUCAAAUAAUUUAAUAAUUUGCAAAGAAUUUAAACUAUUAAAAUUAAACCAACAACAACAAAAGAAAAGCACUGCAACUCAAUCAAAAGAUCCAUUAGUAAUUUUUACUCAUUGGUUAUUUAAGAUCUAUAAUAACUUUAUUGAUUUCUUAAAAGAACUUUUAAAUCAUGAAGAUCCAUCCAUUCAAUUACCAGCAUUAACAACAUAUUUCAAUAUUAUCAAAAGAGAAUCAGUUUUAUUAUCAAAUAUACCUGAAGAAUUAAUCGCAAAAGAAGACCAAGAUAAUGGUGAUGAAGAUAAUAAAAAAGCACACUAUGAAAAUAUUUCAAGAUUAUCAUUUAGAUCAUUGAUUUUACACUUAAUGUUAUCAAAUAACUUCAAUACCAAAUUAGUUGAUCAUUUAACUGAAAACUUUUGUGGAAAGUAUCAAGAUUUAUUUUAUUAUUCACUUUGGUCAAUAAAUGAAAUUGCUCAGUCACAUGUCAACGAUUGCAAAAAAGAAGCAGAGUUUGAAAAAUCAAAUAAUGUAACUGUUGGUAAAUUUGUAGAGAAUAUUUUCGAUUUCCUUUGUUAUUUUGAACCUUUUAUUGAAGCUCCAGAAGAAUGGUCAUUUUUUAUUGGUUCACCAAAUUUCAAUGCUGUUCAAGAAUGUUCUGCAACAUUAAAAAAGAAACAAUUAAAAUUAAAGAAAAGUGGCGAAUUAGUUAAACCAAAAUCAAUGAACGAUAAAGACUUUGAAAAAAAUAACGAAUAUUGGAAUAAAUUAACCAAAGUUUCAUCAUAUAGAAAUAUUUUCAGUAAGACUUGGAUCUCAUUCCUUACCCUUCCUCUUCCACCAACUAUUUAUAAACAUGUUUUAUUAGGUCUCCCAGAUCGUGUUUUCCCAUUUUUAACUGAUCCAAAAGUACUUUUAGAUUUCUUUACAAAUUCAUACGAUUUAGGUGGUGUUACAAGUAUUUUAUCAUUAAAUGGUUUAUUUAUUUUAAUUACACAAUAUAACUUAGAUUACCCAGAGUUUUUUAAUAAAUUAUAUUCAUUAUUCCAACCAGGUGUUUUAUAUGCAAAAUAUAGAGCUAGAUUUUUCAAAUUAGCAGAUUUAUUUUUAACAUCAAAAUUAUUACCAAUUUAUUUAAUUGCAGCAUUUAUUAAGAGAUGUGCCACUUUAUGUUUAAUUUCACCACCACAUGCAUCAUUAAUUUUAUUACCAAUGAUUUAUAAUUUACUCCAAAGAAACCCAAAUUGUCAUUGUUUAAUUAAUAACCCAAUCAAACAAUUAUCAUCACAAUUCAAUAUUCAAAAACAACAAUCACAAACAAGAUCAGUACUUUUAAUUAAGGAAGAACAACCAACUUUACCAAUCGAAUCAAUCAAAGGAGUUUAUGGUAAUGAUCCAUAUGAUCCAUUAGAAUCAGAUCCAAGUAAAUGUAAUGCUAUCAAAAGUUCACUUUGGGAAAUUCAAAUUCUUCGUGAUCACUAUUCCCCAGAAGUCUCAAAAAUGGCCCGUUUAUUUGACGGUGGUCUCAAGAAUGUCGUCGAUAUGAACGAAUUUUCAAAUGUAACUUAUCAUAUCUUAUAUGAAAACUCUUAUAAAAAGAAAUAUAGCUCAGUACCAUUAGCAUACCAACAAAAAUCAAAACUUAUAAACGAUAAUGAUUUAAUGGAAGAUUGGGAAUUUUAA